UUGUCGUAGUGCAUUAUUAAUUUCUCCUUUCUUCAAAAUUUAUAAACUAAAUUUUAAAAUUGGAUUAUUAAUCCUGGUAAUGAAAUCAGAAAAUAAUGAAAAUAGAAAACUUGAAUGUACUAUAUGUAAAAAAACAUUUCAAAGAGAAAAGCAUUUGGAAGAACACGUGAGGGUUCAUACUGGUGAAAAACCACUUUCAUGCGAUAUUUGCGGAAAAAAAUUCGCCCAGAAAUCAACUUUAAGUGAACAUAUAAAAAUACAUUCGACAGAAAGACCAUUCAAAUGUAACUACAAAGACUGUAUAUACGCUGCAAAAUCCAAAGAUAAUUUAAUGAGACAUGUCAAACGAUUACAUCGAAAAGCGAAUGCUUCUAAAGAUAUUGUAAGUAUUAUGCUCAUGUAUAUUUUUGUAUUUAACCGCGCUCUAGGGUGUCUCGAGCAAGUUUCAUAGAGUUACGUAAAAAACGGUCGU